UGCGCCCAUCUCUUGAAUCUUGUGCGUGUGUGUUGCUGGUGUAUUUGCUGAUUGUUCUUCGUUCGGUCAAUUUAUGUGUUUUAUGAACUGUGAAUUCUUCAGCCAGUUCUCUUUAUAUACUGCUCGGAUCCUACUGCUCAUCACAUAAUGCCGAAGUCAGGAAAGGUCAAGGCCAAGCUUGUCAAGCAGGUCAAAGUAUUACAUCCGAAUAGCCGGAAGGCCAUGAAGAUCACUGGAGGAGUUAUGCGGAAGGACAGAAUCGGAAGAGUUCACAAUGAGACGUCGUUAAAGAUGGGAAUCCUAGUGGAAAAACUGUCCUGGUUUCAUGAGAACCUUGAUCCAGAGAAAACGGAGUACAGCAGACUAGAUCUCAGCCAGAUGAUGGAGAGUUACUUGCACCGUUUUGACGAGGAGCUGGAACAGAUUGACAUCAUUCAGGGAAUGAAGUCAAGAAAAGGAAGACAGCACGCAGCAAGAGAAGACGUUAUCAGAACAACGAUGACAUCGGAAGAGAAUCUGUUCAAUACGUGUGGCUUAGAAGCCCCGGAUUUAACAGACAAGAAAACUCUGGGAAUUUUCCUAGAAUGGGACGGUACAGCCAGACACGUAAACCUCAUCAAAAUGAGGAAAGUCACUUCUAUAAAAACCAGCUCCAAGAAGGAAGAUUCCAAGACGACGUCAAGAAGUAGAAAGGAAACAGAGGGGGAUCGGUAGCAAAGGAGUAAAAGAGCAAGGUAUCUGAAAAAAAAAAUAUAUAAAAAUAAAAAAUAAAUCACAAACAAACCACAGAAUACUUUCCGAUUUUGUUAAACUAUUUUAAUAUCCAACUUAACGCCCAAUUAUAUUUGUAAGGCAAAACAAAAAUUACACAUAUAUCGAGGUUAUUGAGAAUUUGCAAAUAUAAAUAACUUUGUUAAAGACAGUAUGAGCAGACUGGUAGUUGUAGUAGCCCAACACAUGUAUUACAAAGGUUUUAAUAUGGAAUGGAGUCUGUGGUACCAGACAGACCUCCUGAAGAAAUGGAAUAAAAACUGGAAAACACUUGCUUUUUGUUCAAAGUGUGAAGUCAGUAAACAGCACAAUUUUCUGAAUAUUCAUACAUUUUUUUUAAAAGAUUUGUUUCCAUUAAUACCGUUUAAAUACAAUUAAAUUACUUUAUUAUUUUGCUUUAACGGAUUGAAUUUGUUCCUUGAAAUAACUCCCAGAAAAAUGGUUAAAUACAUAUAAAAAAUAUAUAUUAUAUUUGUCAAAAACACCGAAAAACAUGUAAUAUUAAUUAUUUACAGAGAAAUAAUUUACAAU